AUGGCCUUAGACAACCAGCCAUUUACUUUAGUUGAAGAUACAGGUUUUAAUAACUUAAUGAACCAUUUAGAACCCAGAUAUUGCAUGCCAAGUAGAAAAUUUUUUUCUAAAACAGUAAUACCUCAACUUUACAUGGAGUUAAAUAAUAAAAUUUCUGAUAAAUUAAUAAAAACAGAUUACAUAAGCUUUUCUUCAGAUAUAUGGACAUGCCCAAUUUCUCAUGAAUCAUUUAUUUUAUUGUCUAGCCACUCCAUAGAUAAAGAUUUUAAUAGAUUUGAUGUGGUAUUAGAUGCUUCUCAUUUUUCUGAAAGCCAUACUGGAAUAAACAUAUCCAAAAAGUUAGAAAGUAUGUGGGAUAGCGGGAAAAUUGAAGCUGAAAGACGACAUAUUCUUGUAAGAGAUGGUGCAAGCAACAUGAUAAGUGGGAGUAACCUAGCUGAAAUUCCUGCAAUCCAUUGUACUAUUCAUUUACUUCAAUUAGUUGUUUCAGAUUCAAUAAGUGAAAAUAUUGUAAUUGACGUUCUUUCAAAAUGUCGUCGACUUGUAACUCAUUUUAACCAUUCAUCUCUAGCAUGUAACAACUUUAAACAAAUUCAGCUGCAACAAAAUCUCGACCCUCUUUAUCUUGUUCAAGAUGUCCCAACAAGAUGGAACAGCACCUAUCUUAUGCUUGAUAGAUUAAACAAGUUAAAAAUUCCAGUUCAACUAUACUCAGCAGAACGUUCUGAUUUAAUGCCCUUUUCUACAUUAGAAUGGACAUUAAUAUUAAACAUUAUUAAACUGUUAAAGCCUUUUUUCCAAUUAACUCAGGAAAUGAGUUCAGAAAUAACAACUUUGUCUUCUGUAAUUCCAAAUAUGUGCUCAUUAAAGAAAUUUAUGUCAAAAUGUCAAGUUGAUUUAACUACUUCAAUUGAUUCAAGAUAUAAGUUUUCUUUCUUUGAGGAUGAUAUCAAAAAACAGGCUAAGUACUGGUUAAUAAAUGAAAUUUUAUCCUUUGAAAAAACUCUUGUUUGUUCUGAAGAAGUAGAUUUUAGUGUAAAUGAAGAACCAUCACAAUUAAAUUUUUCAAUUAAUACUGAAAAAGAAGACACUCUUGAAGCAUACAGAAAACUCUGUCCAAUAAAGACAUGGAUGCAAGAAGAACGAUUCCCUCUUUUAAAAACAAUUGCUUCAAAAUAUCUAUGCAAUCCUGCAUCAUCCAUAUUUUCUGAAAGAUUGUUCUCAGAAUAUGGUAAUAUCUAUGAGAAAAAGAGAUCUAGGUUAUUGCCUAAAACAGGAGAAAUGCUUUUGUUUAUUCACCAUAAUGGGAGGAAAAUAGAAUGA